AUGCACUGGCUGAAUAGUUUGUUAGGGCUACGGCAUACACAGCUGGAAUGGCAUAGCUUAGUCAUUAAACGGCACGGCCUGCACAAUCUAGUGGACAAAUCUCGACGUCAACUCCAGCUCCGCGCCAACUCUACUAUCUGCCAUCCAUCUAUGGCUAAGAAAUUGGCGGCCCAGCGCAUCUGGGGCUAUGAGUCGCGAAAAUAUAUCUUGGGACAUUCCAGAAGGUCACUGCACCGUGUCAGCGACACCGGUUUCAACGCCAGCAACCAUCCUCUCUCCCUAGUCCAAAAAAGGAUCCGCGUCGGUGCCUGUAAUGGACAUCUACGUGAGCGCCAGCAGCAGCAUCUCCUAACAGGCUUGAGACGCCGGGACUUAUUCACCUGGGCCACUUCCAUUCCCACCAUCCUCAUCCCCCCGGCAAUCUUCCUCGGCCUGCUUCUAUCCCUUUGGACGUGGAAAUGCUUCUGGAUCGUUCUUUUCCAGGAUAAACUACUCUACCUCUCUUGGCUCCCGCCCUUAUCCCGCUCUGAGAAGAUAGAGGACUACGCGCGUGAGUUUCGCGGGGUCCAGUGGUCUGAAACUUUCAUCAUGAGCUCGGACGGGACGAAGCUGGCUGUUUGUGAAGGGCGGUUACCAGCACUCUUUAGAAGAGAUAGAAAUGUAAAGGAGAAUAACAAGAAAAGGGUCCGAGUGGUCAUUUGCUAUUUCCAGGGAAACGGUGGAUCGACGCCGCUGCGCCUGCCGCUGCUUUCACUGGUUAUGAAGUCGAUAGAGGAAUCCUCUUCCUCUUCAUCCUUCCAUGCAUCUAACCGCGACGAAGUCGGAUUCGAGUACGAGUAUAUUAUAGCAGCACUCUCCUACCGUGGGUACUGGAAAUCCUCAGGACGUGCAACACAGCGCGGCAUCGAAGCCGACGCCGCGGCGUUCCUCAACUGGGUGUAUGAUGCCUACCGAGACGAGCACGACGAUCUCCGCGUCAUCCUCUGGGGCCAUAGUCUCGGCGCGGCGGUUGCGAGCUCAGCUCUCGCGAGGCGUCUCGCGUCUACAAGCUCACCGGGUUCUCCCUCUGCCACCGAUACAAACAUAGAAAUAAAAUCAGAAACACCCUUAACCGGUGCCAAAGAAGAAAAAAUAGCAGGCCUAGUCCUCGAAGCAUCUAUCUCUAGUAUUAAAGAUAUGCUUGUCGCCCUCUACCCGCAGAAAUGGCUACCCUAUCGGUAUCUGCAUCCGUUCUCGUGGAAUCACUGGGAUGUCGCACUCAAUCUCGAACAACUCGCUCAGCACAAAAAGCCUAACCAUCAACAGAAUCAGGGCCAGGGAAGCUCUCCAGGAAACCGGCACUGGUCUGAACGAGUACCACCCAUCCUCCUCCUCUCCGCCGAAAAUGAUGAGGUGAUCCCGCCCUGGGUGGCGGACCAGCUUGAACAUAGAGGAAGAGAUUUUGGACUGGACAUUGUUCGAGUGAACGUCAAGGGGGCGAUGCAUAUUGAGGCGCCGCUGAAGGGGGAUGGAAGGGCCGCGUUGGUUGAAUUCAUCAGGCGGGUAGUUAAUCGUGAUAAGCACCUAAUUGGGAACAGACCGGUAUUACGACUGUAUCUUUACGAAGUAAAUGGGAGCACUCGUCCUAAUGGGUUAGAUCCCUCAUUGCGACCUAAGAAAGUAAACUACAGGGCAGACUAG